AAUCUGUGCAUUUUCAUUCACAGGAUGGAGAUGUAAUGCCAUGCAUACACAAAUGUACAUGUUGGAGGGGGCCUCGAGGUGGAACAUGAGCCGGGCAAAAGAAGCUGUGUCUGUGGUGGGGGGCCUCAACCAUCAGGACAUUUGAUGUGCGCUUAAUGUCUCAUCUUAACAACAUGAGCCAACGUGUCCUUGGUUGUCCUUUAAUGCCAGAAUUCACCCCUCCAGGAAAACCCACUGAUGAGCGCAUUGCAGUGAAGUACUUGUUGGCCCAGUCCAAUAGAGGCGACCAGUUGAUUGGUGACCACAGUGGCAUGCCUGAAGUCCCCUCAGAGGAACCCGAAGAUGACAGUGGUUUUGACGCAACUGUGUGCCAUGCUGCUGAUCUUAGGGCUGGUGACUUUGACCCUCCAGUAGAUGUCAUGGAGGCCCAGGUGACCAGUCAGGUGGAUGACACUGGACCCAAAUCCCCUGAUGCGGAGGCCAGUGAGGAAGAGGAGGAUGACACUGCAAUUCCUAGCACAUCCGGCCAGUGUGAUUCUAGAGGUGUCUUGGGCUGGGAAGCAGUUGAUGCCCUGGCAACCUACCUGGUUGGUCUAAACCGGACCAUCACUGCCUUGUCAUCACAAGAGGAGGCCAACAUAGUGCAGCUGUACAUGGCUCUGCAUGCCAUGGACAAUGUGCAAUCAAAAUAUAGCCAGAGGGUGAAGAAGAAGACUUUGCCAGGACCAUGGAGAGCAUCCAGGAAGCGGAGUGGCUCUGCUCCAGGACAGCAGGCAGCAGAGAGACUGUUCAUGACUCAUGGGCAGGCGGCUCAGGACCCUGAAGUCCACAGGGUCUGUGAAUGUGUUUGCCUACGACUUUUUAAGGAGUUUAAGCAAGCACGGAACAGGCCCAAGGACACAAGAGGAAGAACUCUGCCAAUUCCACAAUCCAUUGUGAUGGUCUACAGCCACUUAAAACAGCUGCUGGAGGACAGCAGAGUUGUUCUAGGACAGACUAACCUGGUUCUGGUCCCGAUAAACACCACUACUGUCUCCUCAUGGCUACUAAGAAGACAGAAACGCGUGGACAGAGACAUGCUGCUGCAGGGUACUGCACUGCCUAACCAAUUAUAUUUGGCAAAGGAGCCACUUCCUGAAGUGCGUGAACUUCCAGCUGCUCCUGCACAGCAUGGGCAUGAGGCCAUGGAAUUCGAGAAGCCAGAAAAUAAGGAGGGAGAGGCCUUCAUUCGCAAACGCAUCUCCAACAGGUGCCCACUGCCCACCCCUCCUCCCUUAUCUUACUCAGCAUUUCCUGUAUAUCCACCAGCACCACAUUUUGCAUUCUCCCAUCUUGGGUCCUACCCACCCAUCCUCUCGAGUUCCAGCCACCUGAUAACCUGCCACCACAAACUUGUCACCUUACUCAGCCUAGGAAGCUCACCUGGAGAAGGCAGAAAGCUGCCAAAGAGGAUGAGAAACGGACGGAACCACCAAGGAAACGCCUAGAAAAGGAUAUAUACCACUAUAUCUGCAAGCACUGUGGGCUGUCAAAAAAUAAGACAACUGGCCACACUCAGCUAAAGGGCCGGUGGUAUUGCCCAGCCUCAGGCCUCUCUGUUGCACAGUGGAAACAGAAUGUACAGGGAGGUCUUUGAUUGUUUUAAUUGGUGUAUGUAUAUAGUUCAUUUUUUAAUUGUGUUUGCUGUGUGUUGUGCUGUGAAUAUUUUGUUUUAGCUGCACUAUGUUUGCAGUGCUUAAUUUUCGGUGUUUUUAAAACAAAAACAAAAAAAGACACAACUCUGUGGUGUAAAAAAAAAAAGAAAAAAGAAAAGAAAAAACAACACACAACUCAUGUGGUGUUGUAAAAAAAAAAAGAAAAAAAAAAAAAAACUCUUGUGGUGUAAUAGUAACACAUCCAUCUUAUUCAGUUGUUAAGUCUGACUUCACGCGGCAGCGCUUCCAGGUCCUAACGCUCUAUCUCAUACCACAAGAAAACAACAAAUGGUGCUGAUAUACACACACGAUGUGGUGUAAUACUACAAAAAAUAUAUAAUCAUGA